AUGGCUCGUUUUCCCACUUUGGUUGCUCUGCUGAGCCUAAUUGCGCAAAGUCAUGGCCAUCCAUGCGAUGUGAAGUAUCCUCCCCAAACGAAACCAGUAGAGACCAGGCAAUUCAGCAACAGCCGCGGUGCUGUUGCCAGUGAGAGCUCGAUAUGUUCGACAAUUGGUAUCGACAUUCUGAGGCAGGGCGGCAACGCAGCCGAUGCCAUGGUCGCCACUGUUCUUUGCGUGGGGACAGUCGGCAUGUAUCAUUCUGGUAUCGGAGGCGGCGGCUUCAUGCUCAUUCACAAACCCGAUGGCAAGAAUGAAUCCGUGCCCUACGAAUUUGUUGACUUUCGUGAAACGGCGCCUGCGGCAGCUACGGAGAAUAUGUUUAAGAAUAACGUGAACGCCAGUAUUUAUGGAGGACAAGCGAGUGGCGUACCUGGCGAAUUGAGAGGUCUAGAACAUCUGCACAAGAGCUAUGGUCAUCUCCCUUGGUCGAAACUCGUGCAACCAGCAAUUGACGUCGCCCGCUAUGGAUUUCCAGUCAACAACGACACUCUCAAGUACAUGAAGAUGACAUACAGCAAGGCCGAGAACGAAAGCUUUCUGCUCAGUGAUCCAGCGUGGGCAAUUGACUUUGCACCUGCGGGAAGACUGGUCAAAUUCGGCGAGAAGCUCACGCGGAAGAGAUAUGCUGAUACGCUCGAGACCAUUGCUUCUAAGGGAGCCGGUGCGUUCUACGAAGGAUCCAUUGCCGAUGCGACUAUCAGGACUUUGAAGCAGAAGAAGGGUAUCAUGACGACAGAUGACCUGAAGAACUAUUCCGUGGCGAUUCGAGAGCCGUCUCAGAUAAACUACCGUGGUGGAAAGGUCACUAGCGGCUCAGCCCCCUCAAGCGGUGCCGUAGUAGUAGCUGCGUUGAACGUUCUAGACGGUUAUGACUUCCUCGGUGAUCCUAGACGAGUCAACGACAGUGCUUAUCUCCUCGAUGAAGCAUUCAAGUUCGGCUACGGAAUGCGAAGUAAUCUCGGCGACCCAACCUUUGUCAAAGGUCUAGGCGAGUAUCAGGCUGAGAUGUACUCCAACGAUACCGCGCAGGAGAUCCGCGCCAAACUAGAUGGGCGUGCUCUUGCAGUCAAGGAUUACGAUCCUAAAGGUCUUGAAAGCUUAGACACCCCCGGGACUUCACAUAUCGUUACCAUGGACAACUCAGGCCUUGCCAUCUCCCUCACGACUACGAUCAACCUCAACUUCGGUUCUCAAGUCAUUGUUCCCGAAACUGGCGUUAUCAUGAACAACGAGAUGAACGACUUUAGUAUCCCCGGACAAUCAAACGCUUUCGGAUUCAUUCCCAGCGAGGCCAACUUCAUCAGACCUGGAAAACGCCCUCUUUCUAGUAUAAGCACCACCAUUGUCGAAGGACCUGAUGGAAAGGUUUCGUUGGUGACGGGCUCUGCUGGCGGUAGUCGUAUCAUCACUGCUACUGUCCAGGUGGUUCUGAACGCGCUGGAGAAGAACAUGACUGUUCAUGAUGCCCUGGCUGCGCCUCGUCUGCAUGAUCAGCUUGAGCCGCGACAAGUCACUUUCGAAUAUGCUUGUGACAACUCAACAGUUGCUUAUUUGAAGGAGAUUGGAAAUAAUGUCACUUGGGUUGCACCUGGACAGAGCACUGCUCAGGCUUUGAGGAGGCUGCUGAAUGGCACAUUUGAAGCUGCUGGCGAGCCUAGACAGGCCAACUCAGGAGGAUUCUCAACUUGA